AGCUGCUCGCAUGGGGAAAACAAACCACAACAAUGAUCCCCCAGAGAGCCCCAAAACAAAACGAAAAUGGGGAAAAGCGUGCUAUCCAAGUUUUGGGGCUCUCCUCAUGUGUUUAGCAUGUGAGCGGCCAGAUCCGCGGUGGAGCAAACUGGCUCAGUGUCGUUUUGGCUAUAAAGACAGUCGGUCGUAAAGAGUCGUAAAGAGCAGAUAAAACGCGAUCAACGCAAAAGUUUUGGCUGAAGAUAAACAGCGAACAUCGGGAAAGUAAACAGAGGCGCAAAAACAAAUGUUUGACUAAUCGUAAUUGGAUAAUUAUAUCACAAUGGACGCAGUGCAGCAGCAAACAAACAGCAGCAGCAACAUCGACAGCGCCAAAUGCCAGAAGCUGAAGAGAUUCGUGAUCGUGGGCCUGCUGGUCACCAUUGGCAUCUUGAGCUGGCACUUCUACGAGUACUUCCAAAGCAAACCGCUGACCAAGACGCCCGAUGACGUCUUGACCCUCUCGAAGAAUCUCUACGCGGAGGAGACCGAGGUCAGUCCGUAUCUCUACAAGGUGAAUAUCCAGGGGAAGACCACUCCAGGCGCUCAUGAUGAUCGCGCCCCCAAUAACCUCUUUGAACUGCACCAGGAUCUGCUGGCCAGGGAUGCCAACUCCACCACCGCCCUUCUAAUGAGGCUCUUCGACAACUACGAGUUGGACGUGGCUGUGCAGGAGCACCCAACGCCGGAGCACGUCCAGGAGCAGCACGAUUUCCUUAGGGCCGUGAUGGGAACGCGUGUGAUGAAGCUGACCAUGCGUUUUUUGGUAAACAAGGAUAUUGUGAGCGUGGACUAUGACGAUCAGCUGCGCCUGCUGCAGGAGCUUUGGUUUACUCCCAUCUCCAAAGCUCGUGGUAUUUUUGGCAGUUCCGCUUUCGAGCACAUCUUCAUGGCAGAGACUCGGGACCAGAAGGUCCUGGGACUGCAUAACUGGUUGUACUUUGCAGAUCAGGAACAACGCGGCAACGUGGACUACAAGGGUUGGCUAGGCCACAAGGAAAUGGGAAAGCACAACCAAAUGCUUCUGGGUAUUCGCCACACGUUCCACAACAUCAAUAAGCCAGUCAACGGCUUCUUUGUGGGCACCUCGCCCGAGCUGGAUAUGGCCCUGUACACCGCCUGCUUCCUGGCCUUGGCGGAGAAGGAACCCUGCCACAUCCAGCUGGGCCACACCUCCGCCAGCAUUUUCUCCGCCGGAUGGAUAUUGAAUGGUACGCGCCGGCUAAUAACCGCCUAUCCGAACGGCCCCUAGAUCGUGCCCCACCCAUAUCGCAAACUCAGUAAAAUUACUUAUGUAGUUUCGUGUCGCUGUGUUAUCCCAUCGGAAUCAGCAAGAGGCUAACCUUCAAACUCAAAGUCAAGUUCAUUUUAUGUUGCCACUUUAUGAGUGCUUGGCCCAGUUGUCGCUGCCAAUUGACGAGGAUGUCAGUCAGGACAUGAAGAAUGCCCGCCUGCCUAUCAUUUUAGUUGUUUUGACAGGAUUGCGUGGCGCAAAGCACUUACAUCAUGAAGUUGUUUAUUAGUUCUAGCAUAAAUAGUUAUUUCUGGCGGAAAUUAAGAAAAGCAGUCAUUAAACUCAGCCUUACAAUGGAUUCAUCACUUAAAGCUAUAUCUAACAUGGAUCUUCCUUUAUCCUCCCCAGUGUAGUUUUUAUACCUUUGAAUCUCUUUAGUUAGCUAGAUACAAAUAAACUAACGAAAUCAACAUA